AUGCCGCGUCCUAAUAAAAGAAAACAACAUACAUCUAAAUUGUCCAGGAAAAAAGGUCAUUUUAUAUCAGAAAAUAAGAUAGUUCUAGAUGUGGAUAUAGUACAAGAGGAGUUGCCCCAAGAUGAAUAUGAGAUGGUUCUAGAUGUGGAUAUAAAAGAAAUAUUGCAAGUUGAACCUAUACAAGAAAUCACUAUAACACAAGAAAAACCCAUUGAAGUAAAGCGUAAUAGAGCACCAUAUACCAGAUUAUCAAGAACUACAGCCUGGAGAAGAAAACAAAAAGUUGAAGUGUCAUCAAAUAUUGAAGCGUCACCUGA